GUGCCUGAGGGGAGACAAACGCGGGAGAGGAGAGACAACCGAACGGCGCUGCUGACUGAGACCUAAAAAAAUGGUGCUGGAUGAACGGAGGAUUAGAACAUAAUUGUGAAAGGGAAAUACUGUCCUGGCAGGCAAUUUUCUUCAUUUCCACAUUCAUCAUGGCCCAGAUUCUCUGGCUGGAUGGUUGAUGGGACUGCCCAACACUUGCUACCUGGGUUUGGCGCAUAUCCCUCGUGUCCACGGCUCGAAAGACCUGGGAGCAGGUGGGAAUCGGAUGAUGUCAAAUACAGGAAUGGAAAGAGAAAUGGACUCUGACAAGCUAAGAUGGAAGUGACUUGGCAGCUUCAAGCUCGGCAGUUGUCUUCAGUAAGGACAGGUUAAGAUUGGAGUCACAAGCUUCCCUGGGAGAGCAGUAUGCAGGAAGCUGGUUUUCAGGCCACAAAUGCUUUCACAGAGUGCAAAUUCACCUGCGCCAGUGGUAAAUGCUUGUAUCUUGGUUCAUUGAUUUGUAACCAACAGAAUGACUGUGGGGAUAACAGUGAUGAAGAGAACUGUCUGCUCGUAACAGAGCAUCCACCUCCAGGCAUCUUUAGCUCUGAACUGGAGUUUGUUCAAAUCAUCAUCAUAAUUGUGGUUAUAACUGUUAUGGUGGUAGUUAUCAUCUGCUUGCUGAACCAUUACAAGCUCUCGACACGCUCCUUCAUCAACCGACAGAGCCAAAGCAGAAGGCAGGAAGAAACUCUGCAGACGGAAGGGUGCUUGUGGCCUUCAGAAAGCUCCGUUCCACGCCAGGGUGCUUCAGAGAUCAUGUAUGCCCCGAGGUCCAGGGACAGGUUUACCGCCCCGUCGUUCAUGCAGCGGGACCGUUUCAGUCGCUUCCAGCCCACCUACCCCUACAUGCAGCACGAGAUCGACCUGCCGCCGACCAUCUCGCUGUCGGACGGCGAGGAGCCGCCGCCGUACCAGGGCCCGUGCACGCUGCAGCUGCGCGACCCCGAGCAGCAGAUGGAGCUCAACCGCGAGUCCGUGCGGGCGCCGCCCAACCGGACCAUUUUCGAUAGCGACUUGAUAGACAUUUCCAUGUACAAUGGGGGCCCGUGCCCGCCGAGCAGCAAUUCGGGCAUCAGUGCAACCAACCACAGCAGCAACGGAAGGAUGGAAGGACCACCCCCGACGUACAGCGAGGUCAUGGGGCACUACCCGGGCUCCUCUUUUUUCCACCACCAGCACAGCAACGCGCCGCCUCCCUCGCAGAGGGGCAGCAGACUUCAGUUUCAGCAGAACAAUUCAGAGAGCACAAUAGUCCCCAGCAAGGGCCAAGACAGGAAACCGGGGAACCUGGUCUAAGUUCCUCUCCCAGGUGCGUUCGAACUGAAGAGGAGAGAUGCGAGGAGGGCGGCGGAGGAAGAGGCCCCGCUCCGGCGCACGGUGUUGUUACGUUUCACGUGGUGCAACUGAGUAAAACCAAGCGUGCGCAAACCA